UAAAGGAUUGAAAUCCAAGGGCCGGCCCAUUUUCCCAUACUUGUCACACCAAGAACUCACGUUUCGUUUGUGUUCCCCUUACUUCCGCCUUGAAUCAGUUGUGAGCAUCUGUUCACUACUCAACAGGGAUUCGAAGGAUUUCCCUUUUGCGAGGUUGCAGAUGGAGUGCCCAGUGUGUUUCGAAGCCUUCGACCCGGAGGUGCGUCGUCCGAAGACCCUGCCGUGCGGGCACACUUUCUGCCUGUCGUGCCUCCGGAACCCCGAUUUCGGUGAUGAAUGCCCUCAGGACCGGAAGGCCUUCAGGGGCGAGCCGGUUCACUUCCCAGACAACUUCGCAUUGCUGAGCUUGCUUUCGGAGAUGCCAACCAGGGCCGAGGCCGUCUGGUGCGAAGUGUGCAGCCGUCAUUUCAGCGGCGAGUGUGCGGACGCGGGCCACCAGCCCUGCAGCAUGCGCCGCAAGCGCGCCCGGCUGGAGCCGCGGCAAGGGCCCGGCGUGGCGGAGCUGCAGCACAGCGUCCAGGAGCUGCAGCGUGAGCUGCAGGAGAUGCGGCGGGCGCAGCAACAGCUGGAGCGCAAGGUCGAGGACAGCUGCACCGUGGCGCCGCCUCCACGCCAGGAACUGGACGUAUCUGACAUGAGCACUGAAGCGAAUCUCCGCAAGGAACGGAACGACCUUCUGCUGGGAGGCCGUUUGGCUCAGGUCCGCAAGCUGACGGGCCUGCACUGCGAGACGGACGCCGACUGGGGCGAGGCCGUGCUGCAGCAGGUCGGGCCGCACGUCGUGGAGCUGGAGGCGGAGAACGCCGACCUGCGGCACCUCCGCGUCAUCGCAGGCAUGCCGGCGCUGCGCAAGCUGGAGCUGCAAUGCGCUGCAAACGUGCAAGGUCCUGGCGACGUCCCCCUGCUGCCGCUGCAGUUGGAAGAGCUGCACCUGCGGGACUUCGCGCUCGGGCACCUCACCUCGCUGCAGUGGAUGCCCAAACUGCGGAGGCUGCUGCUGGAGAGCUACGACGACCAUGCCCUGGACUUCACUCGCGCGCCAGACCACUGCGGGCUGCAGUGGCUGAGCGCCGGCUUCGGCAGCACUCGCACCAUCCUCUCGCUGGUGCGCGCCAACGCGGCCACACUGCAAGAGCUGCAUGUGCACUGCGGAUCGCGGCGAGGCCUGUGCUUCCGAGAAGAUCUCGCCAACAGGCUCUUCCGAUGCGGCGCUGGCGCGCUGAGACGAAUCACGGUGUACCGCAACGACCUCCAGCACGAGCGUCGGUCCUGCCGCCAGCAGAUGGCUUCGUUCCGGGAACGCUUCGGGGCCAACGUGGACGUGCGCUGCAGCCUGUGCGGCGCGGAGUAGCUGCCGUGUCCCAAGGCAACUGGUUGCUCGAGAGCAG